AUGACCAACACCAUCAAACUUGGGGGAAAGGAAGUACCUGUUACAACUUCUCAAUCGGACAUUAAUGUCGCGUCAGUAUUUGAAUUCAAACCGUUCAAAGAAUGGGCCUCUGCAAUGUCCGAGGAAUUCUUGAACGCGGAAAAUAAAGAAAUCGAAGUUAGGAAGGUCGAAAUUCAGAAUGUUGAUUUUUUUGGUUCCAAAAUAGGCUUCAUCAAAUUUAAAGUUGACGCUGUUCUCACCGAAAAUGGGAAGAAUGUACCAGGAAUUGUUUUUAUGCGAGGUGGCUCCGUUGCAGUCUUGCUCAUCCUUCGAUCGAAAGAUCAGGAUAACGAGACGGUGAAGGAACACGUUGUUUUAACCUACCAACCGCGCAUUCCUGUUCCCUCUCUUUCUUUUCCGGAAAUACCCGCAGGUAUAGAAGAAAAUGCUAGCGUGGAGAUUAAAGAGGAAACGGGAAUUGAAAUCAACGACCAAGACCUCAUAGAUAUGACCGAGUUAGCGUAUGGGAGAGACUACAAGGGGGCUUAUCCGUCGUGUGGUGCUUGCGAUGAAUUUUUAAGAUUGUGCUUAUGUAUUAAAGAGAUGAAUCGCGAGGACAUCGAAAAAUUGGAGGGUAAACUCUGUGGAUUGAGGGAUCACGGAGAAAGUAUUACGGUUAGAUUGAUAGAAUUGAAGGAUUUAUGGAGAAUUCCGGACAUGAAAGCACUAUCAUCUUUAGCAUUAUAUGAUGCUCUGAAAAGGAACGAGAAAAUUUGA